CAUGUUUGUCGUAGGAUAUUCAUAAGCCACAGGGGCAUUGAACACUAUUUCAAAACAAUCAGCGCGUCCAACGACCCAACUCUAAAACUGGUGCUACAAGUUACAUUUUGUACAAGUUGGGUGGGAAGAAACAGAAAGAAGAAUAAGUAGACAGCAAAUAAAUGACACUAUAAAAACAUAAUAAAUAAAUAGCUAAAAAUAUAUGACACGAUGCAACAGCGCAAAACGCUGCUUCGAAAAUUUCCAGUAACAAAGCGAAGCUAGAUAGGUUGGCAGCUGCUCCUGUUGCCCCAUUAGUUUAUUUGAACUACUUCAAAGAGUUGUUUUACCAAAUUUACAUUAAGAUCUCAAUUCUAAGCACGCAAAUUUUUUGUACUUCAGGGGAUGUAUCCCCAAAUACACUGACAUGGGCAAAGGCUUCCAAAACAGAAUGUUUUUGAGGAAAAACAAAAAUAGAAUCUUCAAGAAAUGAAAUUCAAAUAUAUGCUAGAUCAACAUACAUUAAGUAGCUGUUUGCACAAUAAAUAAUUUAAGCAGAGAAGUAACUGAUAAGAGAGUUAAUCACGCGAAUGUCGGCAAACUCGGACACGCAGAUGAAUAGCGUACACCAAUUAACUAUUGCGGGUUUCUUUGGUGCGCAAGCCAACAGAGACGCCUAGGUUACAGAUUUAGAGGAAAGCGGCAAAUACGAAAAUGAUGGAAUAUUACUCCAAGUAUUAUACGGAGAAAAACAAAAACAAAAACAAAAAGAAAGAAAGAAAGAAAGAAAAAAACUGCUUGGGAAUAUAUUUUCGUUCAUCGCCAAUGCUUUCUAUUCAUGUGCUGCUGUACAGGUGCAAACAUUGAUUAAUAAACACCAUUUAUAAAACAAUUCAGCACUUAGUUUUAGAACUUUCACAAGCCAUAUAGGUACGUAUAUGGUUUAUAAACUACAAUUCUCCUUGACAAAAGACUGACUUGGAUACUCGAGGAUACUGCAUCGAAUAAACAGAGAACGCAUCCUAAAAGCUCGAGCGGUAUUAAAAUUCUAAUGUUGAACAUCUUGUCAACCAGAUGACUCGUCUUAUUGGAAGGUUUGAUGGGCGAGAAAUUUAUGUAGCAAGAGUCAGUUUGAGACUGUCAACCGAUUUUUGAGGCAGGGCUAAGAAAAUUCGUUUAUUAUUUUUGCGCCAGUUAACGGCCUCGAGCCAAACAAUGAUCCCGCCUUUUUUUACAUUACUACGUGAGAAAAAGCACAUGAAAACUCAUUUGCGUGCGUAAGAUAAAGAAACUAAACGACAAUGUCGGAAAAUGGAAUAAAUCCGCCUUCGGUAGCACGUAAAUAGAGUGUCAUUACUACGUGAAAAAAGCAGAUGAAAACUCGUUUGCGUGCGUAACAUAAAGAAACUAAAUGACAAUGUCGGAAAAAGUAAUAAUCCUGCCUUCGGUAGCACAUAAAUAGAGUGUCAUUGCUACGUGAAAAAAAGCAGAUGAAAACUCAGUUGUGUGUGUAAGAGGAAACUAAACAACAAUGUCGGAAAACGCGAAUACAUCGAUGAAUGGAACACAGCCAUCAAGCUGCUACAAUCCUACAGCAGAAAAAAUCGGAAAAACCUUCGCUUACUGCCUCAUUCUUCUUGUUUCGUUGGCUGGGAACACAUCCAUCGUAAUAAUUGUCUACAAGACGAAAACCAUGAGAAAAUCCAUCAACUUUUUAGUAGUAAAUAUGGCCAUGUCCGAUCUGCUGUAUCCGAUUUUCGUUAUCCCUCGGAUUGUAACAGAGUUGUACGUGGACUCCUGGUUGAUCAGUGGUGUUCUUGGCCAGGCCAUGUGUAAGCUUGUUCACUUCUUCCAAGAUAUCUCCGCUGUUGUAUCUAUCGAGAGCCUGGCUCUGAUAGCAGUGGAUCGAUUUGGAGCUGUGGUGUUUCCUCUCCGUUGCCCUUUUAUCAGUUCAAAGCUGUGCCCCUUCUUCAUUCUCGCCACUUGGAUCGUCGCGAUGGCUAUCCACUCUCCAGAUGUCAUGGUCUUCAAACUUGUUGAAUCUCCGGGAGGACUGGCUUGUGCUACCAAGUGGAAUGAAGUCUUUGGAGAGUCCUCAUCCAUAGCAAAUUACUAUCUGGCACUGACAGUUAUAAUAUUUUACAUCCCUUUGGUGUUGAUAGCCAUACUUUACGUUAUCAUCUAUUAUAAGCUGAAGGCACAUACGAUUCCAGGCGAGCAGUCAGUGGUCAGCGCUGCCGAGCAACAACGUGUGAAGCGAGAGCGGAAUGUGCUAAAUAUGGCCAUUGCUAUUGUGUUGGGGUUUGUAGUUUGCUGGGUCCCUUUUAGUAUUAUUAUCAUACUAUAUUACUAUGCAUGGCCCAAAAGUUUUAUUUGUGGUAUGUACUAUAUUUCGUCUAUUGCUAAGUUGAUGUCUCGCGCAAAUUGUGCAGUAAAUCCAUCCAUCUGUUUUAUGUUUAGUGGAAAUUACCAGCAGGGACUUAAGAAGCUUUUCAGCUUUCGUUCUACAAUUCAGCCGGCUCCUAAUCAAGUCGGGGUUCAGCCGUUUCGGUCAUAAAUAGGGUAUCGAUUUUGGCCAUUUUUGCCUAAGUAAGUAGGACCCUUCAGAAAUUAUGUUUACGGCAACAGUGUACGUGAGGGUCAGGCCAUAAAUAGGUUAUCAAAAUUUUGGU